CCUCACUUUUCUCUUCUCUCCUUUUUACUCUCCCUUCACUUUCUUGUUGCCCUACCUUUCCCCUCCCUUGAGCGCACCCUCUACAGACAACCAACAUCCCUCAUCAAUCACUACCCAACCAUCUCACUUUCAAGUCCCUUUCCUCAUGCCUCUUCUGCUUCUCCAAUCACCCCCUUCCAUUUGAUUCUCUCGAUUUUGCUUCGAUUGGUGGUGCGUCUGUAUUGGCCUGAAGUUACAAGGAAGAAAUGCAGAUUCAUUAGCCUAGUACUUUGGGAGGAUCCAGCAAGAUGUCCUUUUGAACAAGUGACUCAGAUCUUGGUCGGUUUUGUUAAGAUGUUCAAUAAAUCGAGAGAGGAGAAUGAAAGGCUGGCUGAUGCUGAGAAAAAGAAAUUGGAGAAGGAAGCCAUGAAGGAGCGGGCAGCAGAAGAGGAUGGAGCCGAAACGGAUGAGUCAAAUCUUAGUUCUCAAAUCCAGAAACAAUGGAGCUCCAGUGAGCGCAGCAUGUUUGCUUUGCAGAUGACGAAGGCAGAUUUGAAGACUAUGAUAUUUCAGUCUUGGGGGGGCGCUCUUAUACAGUUUCACCCAUUCCGAGGUAAGACCAUCAGCAGAAUGCUCUAUGGAGCGGCAUAUAGCAUAGGCAUGGCAUGCAGAAGUAGGUACCGUGUGACCAUCUGUCCUGCAGGUGCACUGAACUGAUUCUUUUUCAGGACUCAAUUUCUAAGAAGCAACGCCCAUGGCCUGCCCAAGUGUAUUCAAUCGUAAAUAAUUGAAGCCUUAAUCCCCUAUGCCCUACCGAGAAGCCCUCUAAACCCACUUUGUCACCAUGGUUUCAGGGAUUGUUGAUCAUGGAAGUUCUCUGCUAUAUGGCUCUGAAUGAUAUUAGCGUCAGUGCAACUGAAAUCUUAAUUUCUGUUGUAUACGAUUUCAAGUAUUGGCGUUUUUUGUUGUCCCAA